CUUGUCGCGGUCGCUCGUUUGCUCGAAAACAAAGGGGAUCUCUCUGUCCGUGUCGCCCCCCUCUACUCGGCAUUGACGCCAAAGAUGUCUGUCUUACUACAGCGGGCACCGCCUGCACGAGUGAGAUGUCCGCUUGACCUUGGAUGCUGCGCUUCUGCUCGCAGAGCGUUGUGUCGGGGAUACGCAGUCCACGCUCAGACCCCGACCGCGCCGAAGAGAAAGGCAGCAGUCCCUCCUUACCAGAAGAUCCUGAAGAACUUCGAGGAGGUCCGAUCCAUUCUUGGGCCUCGCAAGCUUACCCUCGCCGAGAAGAUUCUUUAUGCCCACCUUGACAACCCCGAAGAGUCCCUGUUGACCAACACCGACAAUGGCAAAAACAUUCGCGGGAAUGCCAACCUGAAGCUCAAGCCUGACCGAGUUGCCAUGCAGGAUGCUUCUGCCCAAAUGGCCAUCUUGCAAUUCAUGACCUGCAAUCUCCCCUCGACGGCGGUGCCGGCGAGCAUUCACUGCGACCAUAUGAUUGUUGGAGAAAAGGGCGCAGACACCGACCUUCCCAAUUCGAUAGCUGGGAACAAGGAAGUUUUCGAUUUCCUCGAAUCUGCUGCAAAAAAAUAUGGAAUCGAAUUUUGGCCACCGGGCGCCGGUAUCAUACACCAAACAGUGUUGGAGAAUUAUGCCGCCCCUGGUUUGAUGAUGUUGGGUACAGACAGUCACACACCAAAUGCUGGAGGGUUGGGAGCAAUUGCCAUUGGCGUCGGUGGUGCUGACGCAGUUGAUGCGCUUGUUGAUGCUCCUUGGGAAUUGAAAGCUCCCAAGAUUCUAGGAGUUCGCUUGGAGGGCCAGCUCAGUGGAUGGACCUCGCCAAAAGACUUGAUCCUUCACCUUGCAGGUUUGCUUACCGUCCGCGGCGGUACCGGCUAUAUCAUUGAGUAUCACGGACCUGGAGUGGACACUCUGAGCUGCACUGGCAUGGCUACGACCUGUAACAUGGGAGCUGAGGUGGGAGCCACGACCUCGAUCUUUCCAUUUUCCGAGAACCACAUUCCGUAUUUAAAGGCUACUGGUCGAGCAGCAAUUGUCGACGCCGUCAAGGGCAUCGCGUACGGCUCGGAACAGUACAACUUCCUGCGAGCGGAUAGCGGUGCCGAAUAUGAUAGAGAGAUUACAAUCAACCUGUCGAUUCUUGAGCCUCAUAUCAACGGCCCGUUCACCCCUGAUCUCUCCACACCGCUGUCCAAGUUCAAGGAAGCCGUGCAGACGAACAAAUGGCCGGACACUUUUUCGGCUGGCCUUAUUGGCAGCUGUACCAACAGUUCGUACGAAGACAUGACACGGGCAGAGGACCUGGUCAAGCAGGCCGAGGCUGCAGGAUUGAAGCCGAAGUCGGACUUCUUCAUCACCCCUGGCAGUGAGCAGGUUCGGGCCACGCUUGAGGACAACAAGACUCUCGAGACUUUCACCAAGGCUGGGGGGACUGUACUCGCCAAUGCUUGCGGACCCUGUAUCGGACAGUGGAAGCGCACUGACGGGGUCAAAAAGGGCGAAGAAAAUGCCAUCAUCUGCUCCUACAACCGCAACUUUCCUGGUCGAAACGAUGGGAACCCCAAGACAAUGAGUUUUCUGGCCUCUCCCGAAGUCGUCACCGCCAUCUCGUAUGCUGGGUCUACCUCCUUCAACCCGAUGACCGACGAGAUCCCGCUACCUUCUGGCGAGAAAUUUAAAUUCGAGCCACCCAAAGGUGCAGCACUGCCGGGUUCUGGCUUCGCGAACGGGAAUCCCGCAUUCCUGCCGUCGUCUGCUGAGCCCGAUCCGAGCGUGCAAGUUGUUGUGGACCCUGAAUCUGACCGUUUAGCUCUGCUGGAACCCUUUGAGCCCUUCCCAGAAGGCGAAUUGAAAGGAUUAAAAGUUCUGUACAAGGUCAAGGGACAAUGCACCACCGAUACCAUCUCAGCGGCCGGUCCCUGGUUGAAAUACAAAGGCCACCUUCCUAAUAUCGCGGAAAAUACGCUGAUUGGAGCCAUCAAUGCUGCGACGGGAGAAACCAAUGUAGCCUACGACAGUGAUGGCUCGAAGUCAUCCAUCCCGGACCUUGCGAAGAAGUGGAAGGAAAAUGGACAACCCUGGCUUGUGGUGGCUGAAGACAAUUACGGCGAAGGGUCUGCCCGAGAACAUGCGGCUCUACAACCAAGGUACCUGGGAGGCAAGAUCAUCUUGGCCAAGAGCUUUGCUCGUAUCCACGAGACCAACCUGAAGAAGCAAGGUGUUGUGCCGUUGACGUUUGCGAACAAAGAAGAUUACGACCGAAUCGAUGCAUGCGACAAAGUCGACACCGAAGGCCUUUGGGACGUGUUGCAAAAUGGCGGAAAAGGUGAAGUCAAGCUUCGAGUUACGAAGGCCAAUGGAGACACCUUCACUAUUCCAGUCAAGCAUACUCUGAGCAAAGACCAAUGUGGGUUUAUCCUUGCUGGAAGCGCCUUGAACUUGCUAUCGAAACGCAACAAAAGCGAGUGAGUGUGUCAACGGCAUGUUCUUUUAGAGCAAUAUUCUCCUGCAGACCCAGAACAGCCGGAACACGCCCCUGAGACUAUCUCUCACGAAGUCGGAGCACUUGAAAAGACGUCUAAGGAGGUUUCCUGGUUGAACCAGAGAGCCAUAUCUCUGCCGACUCGAAGUUGACCCGCACACGCUGCGCCCCCUAACGUCUCAGGGUUCGCCGACUCGCGGAUGGUCGAUUCCUUAUUGGUUUCUCAACAGCCAUGGCUCUGUGGUGUUCACAGCACGACCGCAAUGCCGGUCCUGAACACCCGGCUGACGCAUGCCUGGAGCAAGCUUGAACACGAACCCGUCGCACGGGUCUUUCGGUUGCCUCGGUCCACUAUCACAGCGUCAUCAUCUAUUGAGGCCAUGCUAGGGUCAAGCAGGCACACUUACACGGCAGCUGCAAUCACAGAAAGGUAUCUAGUGACGGCCGCCCAUCCGCCCGCGCUGAAAUACUUCGAGGCCAGAUCGUGAUAUCCGUCAUUCGUUGCAUCGAUGACCUACAAUAGGUCCUUCAUGACGAAACACUAGAGGUUGGCGAUACCACUGGCAAUGUUACUUAGGAGAUUUUAUCACAUCACCGCGCACCACAUCUGAGACACGAUGGCCGUGGAGCAGCUGACCGAUGGGGCUGAUGCACAAGAGGCAUUGGGACUUCACCAGGGCCUCGAUUAAGGCUGGCGUGGACGAUGACGGCUGGAAGGGUGGUUGUUAGACGACACAUCGGGCACGACACGGCUAUCACUAAGGCCAAUGUUAACCUUGGCAAAGGGAUCUUCACUGGACGGCGUGCAGGCUGUACAGAACGAAGCGACUUGAACAAGAGGUGGUACGAGGGCAUAUGCAUUCUGAUUCGGGCAAGAGUCCGAGUCGCUCGAGCUGAAUCCAAGCUGAGUGGCUUGGUUGAUGCAGUCGUUUCAGGGCGGGCGGAUUGGUUGGCAUGGCUGAUUGAAGAACCUCUGAAUACUUCUUUGCAUACUAUGUUUGGGUAGACAUCUCACGGACUUUGUUCAUGGCAGCAGAACAUGCUCAGCCGUUAUAGCAACUGUGAUGCUUGAUUCGUGCUUCUCACCCCGAUGAAACUGUGACAUGGCGCAAAGCCCGGCCCUGGCUUCAGCUCAAACCACGAAGCAAAUGAGAAGUUAGUAUAUUCUCUGUCGGCAGUUGUAUGAAUGAAGCACACGUGCCAGCGUUCCA